AUGGCUCCUCCGACGUAUAUCAUUUCCCGCGUGGCAGACCCGAUCUUCGCCAUGGUCAUUGGUCUCGGAGCAGCUGCUACAAGAAUCAACCGUGAAGGGAAAGAGAAAGGGAGGACAACACAGCAGACUAUCGCGGCCGGGAAGAGACGAGUUAGUAACAUCUUCAAGUCAACAUAA